CGGAGAUUUUGUUGUGAGGGUCGGUUGUCAAGCAGCGGCCAAUCAGGCCAGGGGAUGGAGGCAAGUGGGGGUCGCGCCUGGAGCGGAGCCUCGGCCUCCAGAUCCGCAGCUGCAGCCCAGUGUUGAGCUGAGAUGGCUCAAGCCUGACAUUCCAUGACCCAGGAUCCCAACAGUCACGCACGGGCUGCUGCUGUGGACGAUUUAAAACGACGAGGUGGUCCGGGGCUGGGAGACGAAGCAUUCCCUCUGCCUGGAUGUGUGGAAACUGCCUGCCAACUUGAUUGGCGGAUCUGGGGGGGGGGGGAUCCACCCCCACCCCACAAGGAAAGCAUAGUCUAUUGUGGGUGGAACUUCAGGUGCCAGCCAGCUGAAGGAUGGCCACCCCUGUGGUCACCAAGACAGCCUGGAAGUUACAGGAGAUCGUGGCCCAUGCCAGCAAUGUGUCCUCGCUGGUGCUGGGCAAAGCCUCGGGCCGGCUGCUGGCCACAGGUGGGGAUGACUGCCGUGUCAACCUGUGGUCCAUCAACAAGCCCAACUGCAUCAUGAGCCUGACGGGUCACACGUCCCCAGUGGAGAGCGUGCGUCUCAACACCCCUGAGGAGCUCAUUGUGGCCGGUUCCCAGUCGGGCUCCAUCCGUGUCUGGGACCUGGAAGCUGCCAAAAUCCUUCGCACACUUAUGGGACACAAAGCCAACAUCUGCAGCCUGGAUUUCCACCCGUAUGGCGAGUUUGUGGCCUCGGGUUCCCAGGACACAAACAUCAAGCUCUGGGACAUCAGGAGGAAAGGCUGUGUCUUCCGAUACAGGGGGCACAGCCAGGCCGUGCGGUGUCUCCGGUUCAGCCCUGACGGGAAGUGGUUGGCAUCGGCCGCAGAUGACCACACAGUGAAGCUCUGGGAUCUGACUGCUGGCAAGAUUAUGUCCGAGUUCCCUGGCCACACGGGGCCUGUCAACGUGGUGGAGUUUCACCCCAACGAGUACCUCCUGGCUUCUGGCAGCUCUGACAGGACCAUCCGUUUCUGGGAUCUGGAGAAAUUCCAGGUGGUGAGCUGUAUCGAAGGGGAGCCAGGGCCUGUCAGGAGCGUCCUCUUCAACCCCGAUGGCUGCUGCCUGUAUAGUGGCUGCCAGGACUCACUGCGCGUCUACGGCUGGGAGCCCGAGCGCUGCUUUGACGUGGUCCUCGUCAACUGGGGCAAGGUGGCUGACCUGGCCAUCUGCAAUGACCAGCUGAUAGGCGUGGCCUUCUCCCAGAGCAGCGUCUCUUCUUACGUGGUGGACCUGACGCGGGUCACCAGGACGGGCACGGUAGCCCCAGACCCCAUGCAGGACAGCCUGCCCCCAGCGCAGCAGCCGCCAAACCCCAGCGCCCCGCUUCGGCGCAUCUACGAGCGGCCCGGCGCCACCGGCAGCGAGCCUCAGAGGGUGAAGCAGAACUCAGAGAGCGAGCGCCGCAGCCCCAGCAGCGAGGACGAGCGGGAGUCUCAGGCGGAGAUCCAGAACGCCGAGGACUACAACGAGAUCUUCCAGCCCAAGAACAGCAUCAGUCGGACGCCACCCCGAAGAAGUGAGCCCUUCCCAGCACCCCCGGAGGAUGACAUGGCCACAGCCAAGGAGGCAGCAAAGCCCAGCCCAGCCGCGGAUGUGCAGUUCCCGGUGCCAAAACUCGAGGUCCUAUCCCGGCCCCCAGUCGUCACUUCCACCCCUGCACCCAAGGCUGAGUCUGCCAUCAUUCCUGCUACCCGGAACGAACCCAUCGGACUGAAGGCCUCCGACUUCCUGCCUGCCGUGAAGAUCCCCCAGCAGGCGGAGCUGGUCGACGAGGAUGCCAUGUCACAGAUCCGCAAAGGCCAUGACACCAUGUGUGUCGUGCUCACCAGCCGCCACAAGAACCUGGACACCGUGCGAGCCGUGUGGACCACGGGUGACAUCAAGACGUCGGUGGACUCGGCCGUGGCCAUCAACGACCUGUCCGUGGUAGUGGACCUCCUGAACAUUGUCAACCAGAAAGCCUCCCUGUGGAAGCUGGACCUAUGCACCACUGUCCUGCCACAGAUCGAGAAGCUUCUGCAGAGCAAGUAUGAGAGCUAUGUCCAGACGGGCUGCACCUCUCUGAAGCUGAUCCUGCAGCGGUUUCUGCCCCUGAUCACAGACAUGCUGGCGGCCCCGCCCACCGUGGGUGUGGACAUCAGCCGGGAGGAGAGCCUCUGGCCACAAGGCUCUCCUGGGCCCCAUUAUUGCCUGCCUGGCUCUUCAAAGAUGAGACCACUCCUUCUCCGAGACCCAGAGGCGGCGCACCAGGCAGCGUGGCCAGCAGGGGGCAGCAGAGCGAUGGGCCGGCGGGAAGGGAAAUAUUAGCAUCCAUCCUAAAAUUCAUAUGAAAUCUCAAAAGCCAAAUGGCCAAAACAAUCUUGAAAAAGAAGAAUAAAGUUGUAGGACUCGCACUUCCUGAUAUGAAAACUUACUACAAAGCUACAGUAAUCAAAACUGUGGUACUGGCAUAAAGACAGACAUCUGGAACAAUGGAAUAGGAGAGAGAGCCCAGUUACAAACCCUCAUGUAUAUGGUCAAUUGAUUUUUGACAACGGCGCCAAGAUUUUCAAUGAGGAAAGGACAGUCUUUUCAACAAAUGGUGCUGGGAAAAUUGGAUAUCCACAUGCAAAAGAAUGGAUCAAAAAGGAUCAAAGACAAACAUAUAAGCUAAAACUAUAAACCUCUUAGAAGAAAACAUAAGGGAAAAGCAUCAUGACAUCAGAUCUGGCAAUGAUUUCUUGAUGUCAAAAGUACAGGCAAUAAAAGAAAAAAUAGGUAAGUUUGGACUUCAUCAAAACAAUUUUUGUGCAUCAAAAGACUGUCAACAGAGUGUAAAGGCAACCCACAGAGUGGGAGAAACUAUCUGUAAAUCACAUAUCUGAUAAGGGGCUAAUAUUCAGAAUAUAUAAAGAACUCCUACCACUCAACAACAACAUAAGAACCCAAUCCAAAAUGGGCAAAGGACUUGAACAGACAUUUCUCCAAAGAUUAUAUACACACGGCCAAUUAGCACGUGAAAAGAUGCGCAAUAUCACUAAUCAUUAGGGAAAUGCUAAUCAAAGCCAUAAUGAGAUACCACUCCAUACCCAUCAGGAUGGCUAUUAUUAAAAAAAAAAAAAAAAAAAGGCAACUCAGAAAAUAACAAGUAUUGGUAAGGAUACGGAG